AAUUCAAAACAUUUGGCGCAAAAUAUGGGCUGCUGUGGACAUUCGCGGGAUACAGGUUCGAAAACAAUACGUACCAUUGGCCCUGCACGAAAUAGAACAUGUACAGAUAUUCCUUGUUGUAUAUUGUUCUCAAUAUUCAUCGUUGGUUUCCUUAUCGUUACUUUGUGGAGUUUUGCCAUGGGAGACUUUAAACGUGUCAUACAUCCAACUAAUUCGCGAGGACAAGUUUGUGGUCGUGAUGUUCCUGGUAAACCAUAUCUGUUCUUCUUUGAUUUGGAAAGUUGUCUCAGACUGGGGCCAGCUUUAGUUGUUACAGGGUGCCCGACGCCUCAGGUCUGUGUGGCAUCGUGUCCGAAAUAUUACUGGUCUUGGAAAGGUCCCUUUGAUCAAGAACUUCAGUAUGUUAGGAGUUUAAUGAUAUGUCUAGGGGGUGUAGAUGCGAAUGAUCCUAAAUUUGCCAACCAGAGUAUUGAUCAAUUAGUACAGGACAAACAAUGUGCCCCAUAUGUAUAUCAUUCUAGAUCAAUGCUUGGUCGGUGCAUCCCAAGUCAAGUAUCUCGGUUAAUGGGAAAUGGAACUGGUCAAGUUCGUGAUGAAACUGGUAAACCUAUACUUUUAAUGAAUUCCAAAAAUCAAGAGGUGAAUGGUAUGGAAGUAGUGAAAAGUCGAAAAUUGGUGUUGGAAUUUACUACAUUCUUUGAAAAAGUUGUUGCUGAUCUAAGCCAAACCUGGCAUGUUAUAUUAGUAUGUAUUUCAGUAUCUGUGGUGUUAUCAUUCUGUUGGAUCGUUUUAUUACGAUGUUGUGCAUCAGUUAUGGUCUGGACUACAUUAAUUCUAUUUGUCGCCCUGUUUUCUUUCGGCACUGGGUUUUGUUUUUACAGAUGGAGUGUAUUACGUAAAACAACUGAGGGUUCUAAUGACCUUGAAUUCUCUUUGGAUAUUGCUUCGUAUUUCCGUUUAGCAUCGACAUGGCUUGCAUUAGGAAUUAUUUUUGCUAUUCUACUGGUGAUCAUACUUCUAAUAUUAAUAUUUUUACGCAAGCGUAUUCAUGUGGCUAUCGCAAUAUUAAACGAAACAAGCAAAGCAGUUUCAACUAUGACAUCUGUAUUGUUUUGGCCAAUACUACCGUUCAUUCUUGAAUUGAUUGUUAUUGCUCAAGUUUUAUUUGUGGCUAUUUCAUUGCGAACAAUAUCUGAUCCUGUUGGGACUAAAAUUAUGAAUGAUGAUCCUACCGUAACUCCGGGAUUUGCAGAUAAGGCUAGAAAUGAUAUAAGAGAAAUUUUUCAACUUAUCCCGUGUGAUCCUUUACAAAACAAUUCAGCUGGCAAAGCUUGUCGUUUUCUGUAUUAUGGAGACCGGAAAUAUACUAUCUACCUACAAUUUUUCAAUUUGUUCAUGUUUUUUUGGUUAAUCAAUUUUGUCAAAUCGUUAACACAAAUGACUUUAGCAGGAACAUUUGCUGAAUACUACUUUUCGUCUCAUAAUCAAAAAUCUUCAUCAAAAUGUCCAUUAAUAACAAGUCUAUUUCGAUCAACCUUUUAUCAUACUGGUUCAUUAGCAUUUGGAUCGUUUCUAAUUGCUUUAUUACAAUGGCUACGUGUUACACUUGAAUAUAUCAAUGCAAAAUUGAAGAAAGCUAAUAAUCCUGUUACAAAUUUUCUCUUGAAAUGUUUAAGUUGUUGUUUUUGGCUACUUGAGAAAUUUCUAAGAUUUCUUAAUAGAAAUGCUUUUAUUAUGAUUGCUAUCUAUGGUCAAAGUUUUUGUUCAGCCUCUCGUUCAGCAUUGUCUUUACUUGCGCGCAAUGUAGUCAGACUAUUUGUGGUCGAUAAAGUGACUGAUUUUAUUUUAUUUAUUGGAAAACUUAUUGUUGUCAGUAUUGUUGGUGGUAUGGCUUAUGUCUAUUUGGAAGGUAUAUUGUUCAAAGGGAAUGACUUUCUAAGUGAUGCGUUUACUUCUAAUCUUCAUUAUGCAUUCGUGCCAUUGGGUAUUAUCAUACUUGCAUCUUACCUUGUGGCGUCAUUAUUCGCAAGUGUUUUCGAAAUGGGUGUCGAUACAAUAUUUCUUUGCUUUUGUAAGUACUUAAUGACAUUCUUUAUAUUCUUAAUUAUUGUUUGGUUGCAUCUUGUUACAUGAUUCCUUAAUUCAUUAGUGUAAUUAUAUAGUUUGGCCUUAAAAACUAAAAUAGGCGAGGAUAUUUCUCAUUUAGUUAAUUUCUGGAUUUUCAUCUUCGGUUGUUGAAAAAAAACGUUGACAUUUGUCAAUGUAAAUUAGUUAUUGUGUAGUCAAGUUCACUGGUUUCCUGUCUAUCAUCAUAUAUUCACAACAAUAUCAAGUAUUUAGUAUCAUAAUAAUGUCUUUCAAAAUUACGUUGCAAAUAUUCUUAUAUAAGCCCCUCUAACCCAAUACUUUCGUAUGGUGACUCUACAACUACCGUAAUAAUGCGUAAUAUUUUCGAAUAAUAUUUUGAAUUUUUGACAAUGUAUGUUUUCUUAGACAAGUUGGUAAAUAGUCAUUGCUUAGUGAAUUCCAUCAAAGUAAUACAAUUUCACUCUAACUGGUGUGUUAUUCAUAAAGCUAAACCGAUAACAUAAAACUUCUAUUUUCAUUGAUAAAUAAUCUUAUCAGCAAUAUAUUUUCCCAAUAUUAUUUCCUUGUUUCUGUGCAGUAAAACAUAUGGAAAGCAAUGAAAAAACUGAUGAAAAUCCAUACUAUAUGAGUACUUAAUAUAGUUCUUUAUAUUUUUAACCAAUUUUGGUAUUAUACUUAAUCCCCCGAUAAACUUAAACAAGGCAGGAACAAUGUGAUCGGCAGGAUAAAUUGAAUUCAUUGUGUUUCAGUACUUCUCAUCAGUUGCGAAGAGCCCUAAACUACAGUUUUAACCUACUUUAUUUCGUUUACAUAAAGUAAACUAAAGUAUGUUAACACUUUGUUUAUUAUCAUAUUACUACUUGUAGUAUCAAACUGUUCGUAACUGACUAGAAGCCUUCAGAAAGAAUAAAUUCAUUUUAUUUUUCAGGUCUCCUUGUUAUUUCUCUUUAAACAUUUCAAUCUGUUUAGUUGCUUUUUUGUCACACAAUUUCCUAGAUCACAUCUCAAUCAUCAUGUAGCCGAAUGUAUUGACCAGAUAUGUAUUUCCUCUUAAUUCAGGGACAUAAGUGUUUCUACUGAUUCUAGGGGGGAUUGGAUUCUUUCUGUUUAGGGAUUUUCUGGUUGCUUCUGUCAUUUCUAAAUAAAACAAAUAAUCCGUCAUCAUGGUGGAAGCCUUCUAGUCGGAUGUGCAAAGUCGAGUCUCAGUUUUUCAGAGCUAUCAUCUAUAUUGGCUGUUGGUUUUUCACUUUACGUUUUGUCUCGGUUAUGGCUUUAGGGUUAAUAUUUUCUUCCUAACUCUCUUCCGUUAGUAUGUUGUUUAGGACUUUUCUCGUUGAUAUGCAGUACUCAAAGCACAUUAUCCUGUAUCUACAAGAUUCAGUUAAAUUGCUUUGGAAAUCACUUCUCAUCCUUCAGAAAGAAAUGUUUUCUCAAAUUAACUUGUGUCAUUAUCUAGUUCGAUCAUUAGAUGCAAAGUGGUUGCAUAUAUAUUUGUCACUUCAAGAAUCUUAUGAUUCUCAUCAUCUUUGAUAAAAUAGUUGUUGACAAUAAGUUCGUUUGAUAUAUUACAAUGUGAACAGAUUAUUUUGAACUCAAAUCUACGAUUUAAUUAUCUAGUGGAAAUAUUAGAAUUAAAUUAUAACUAAUAAGUUACUCUGUUAGUUUCAUCAAUAAAUAAUCAUUAUUACAUUUUCUUAAUCUUAUUUUAUUUCAUUAUUUUUUGUUUAGUGGAAGAUUUAGAAAAGAAUGACGGAUCUGCUGAAAGACCAUAUUAUAUGAGUAAAAAUCUUAUGAAUAUUUUAGGAAAACGAAAUGCUCAAUUACCACAAGUUAAACAAGCUAUUUAAUAUUAUUUUUGUUCAAUGUGCCUUCAUUACACGUCAUAUUUUCUUUUGUUUGUUUGUUUUGUUUUGUUUUUAAUUUUGCACAAAAUAUUUGUUUAAAAAAAAUUACAAAUAGAAAUACAAUCAAUCCUAUUUCAUUUGCAUUUUCUUUUCCCGCCAAACAUUAUUGACUUGCUUUAUCACAAUCUCUUACGUAAUAUUCACUCACCGCUUUAUUUGUUUAGGUACGAUAAUUUAUCAGUAAUAAUCUUUUGUUCCCUUCUUGGUUUUUCUUCCCAGGAACUCACAUUGUUAUUAUUAUUAUUAUAUUAUUUUGCUUAAAAUUUGUUAUGCAAGUUUUUUUCGCGUUUUUUUAAUCUAAAAAUAAACGGUUAUUUUACU